AUCGCCAAAGGAAAAAUCACCCAACUCCAUUUGCUUGUUUCGUUUUUUCACAAGCAAAAUAUGGCCUCUUCCUCCUUCCAUCUCUAUGCGCCUCACCACAUCAAAGCUAUCCCUAAGAUCACCAUCAUUCCUUCUACUAAAAGUACCACCCUAUCCUACCCCACCACCACCACCACCACCACCACCACCACCAUUAUCAAGAACAAAGCUCACACUUUUGGUGUUGGUGCUUUGCGUUCUAACAAUGGAGUGAAACCUUUAGAACCAAGUUCAGAGGUCAAUGAAACUCCGUUGAAAAUUGCUAUUAUAGGUUUUGGUAAUUUUGGGCAGUUCAUAGCUAAAGGAAUCCAGCGCCAGGGUCAUGCAGUGCUUGCUUUCUCAAGAUCGGAUUACUCCGAGUAUUGCGACCAAAAUGGUAUCAAAUUCUUCAAGACUUUGGAAGGGUUGUGUAACGAAGAGCCAGACAUUGUGCUGGUCUGUAGCUCUAUCCUUUCCACUGAGAGUGUGAUGCUUGGGAUCCCCUUUCAUAAACUCAAGCCGGACACUAUCUUUGCAGAUGUGUUAUCUGUGAAGCAGUACCCUCGCAAUCUUUUCCUUGAGGUACUUCCACCGGAGUUUGGGAUUGUUUGCACUCAUCCAAUGUUUGGGCCUGAGAGUGGAAGACAUGGAUGGGGAACCUUGCCUUUUGUUUAUGACGAAGUUCGUAUUCUCAAAGGAAGCACUCAAGCUCAGAAAUGUGCUCAAUUCUUGAGCAUUUUUCAGAAAGAGGGCUGUAGAAUGGUUGAGAUGUCAUGUGAAGAACAUGAUCGACACGCUGCGGGCACCCAAUUCAUCACCCACACAAUUGGAAGGAUUUUAUCUCAGCUAAACCUUGAGUCCACCCCAAUCAACACUAAGGGAUAUGAAACUCUCUUGCAGCUUACGGAAAACACUGUCAGCGACAGCUUUGAUCUCUAUUACGGGCUUUUUAUGUACAACGUGAAUGCCACCGAGCAGAUUGAUAACUUGGACAAAGCAUUUGAGAUAGUGAAGCAGAAACUCUUCGGUAGGUUGCAUGGCAUCUUGAGAAAGCAAAUUGUUGAAAGGGUUCCAAUGCAGAGAUUCCAAAGAAGCAUCCCAGACGGCAAGCCAGCAUCUUAUUUCCUGCCUGAUAACAAGAAGAUGAAUGGAUUUUCCAGUUUUGCCAUGCCACCUGAACCUGCAGAAAAACUAAGCAAAGAACAAGAAGAUGAAAAAGACAAAGCAACUAUUUCUUCUCGGUUCCCAUUCUGAAAUUGAACUUGAAGUUCAUUUCAUUGUAUCCAUUUCCUUGGUUUCUUUUUAAAUUUUUAGUUUUUUUAGUUUAUUUUUUUGACUUCUUUGCCUUUGGAAUGACGUAUCAAGCCUACCUUAAUUGCUUUAUUGACUGGUCCACAAAGUUCAUAGAAAAGUUGGUUCUUAAGUUGGUAGGUAACAAGGUACAACAGGGAAAAAAACAAAGGAGAAUGAACUUAAUAGAAUAUUCGGUGAAUCGGUCAUGUGUGCUGCUCCUAAAGUCUAGCUAUAGUUUGCCAAUUAUCUACAGUAAUCCCCCGUAUUUAGCAUGUCAAUCAAUGGUUUGGAUGCAAUGACCGACUCCCAUGUGACACAUGCUUAAGGGUUUGGAUGCAAGGACUGAUUUCCAUCCCAUGAGAAUAAUUCCUCUUGGGCGUACAUUAAAUUAAAGAACCACUUCUUUAUUGCUAAACUACUAGGAGUGGCCGGCAGUCGGAAUGAAGAGUCUCUUCUUACUCACCCUUGUUGUUCUCAGAGGAGAUUCCUCAUCCAUGUUGAGCAACUGGGGAGGGAAAAACACCCACUCCCCACCCCUUGGGGGACUUGCCCCCAAUAAAUAA